GAGCUUGUGUAUAUCUAUAAAAGGAUCGAUUAUGGCCUGUGGUGAGAAGCUCAUCACUGAGGAAAAAAAGGAGAACCUCAAAGACAAUUAUGAGCAGAUAUGGAUUAAGAUACUGAGCAAUCCGUUGUACAUCGGUCUGGAAUGGUUGUGGAGAAAUAAACCUCAUUCUCCUUCUAACAUAAGAAAAGAAAGUAAAGAAGUUAAAUCUACGGAUGUUGUACCACACCAAGAAACUGAUGAUACACCCUUAGUCCCUUUGCGUUCCGGUAAUCAUUCUACAAACAAUGGAGAUGAAAACAAAAAUCGCACAGAGGAAGAUGAUAAGAAGAGGAGGAAGUUUGAAGGGGUUGUUGAAGCUGCCCUCUUUGAUGCCCGCCUCUUGGUGAAAAGGAGCUUUUACAAGCACGACCUAAAUAGAGAUGAAUACUUGAAAUGUGCGACCGAAUGUGAGAUAUUUGCAGCUGAUGUUGUCGAUCGGGCGGAUCGUUUUAAAGAGCUGGUCCGAAUAAUGGAUUUCGAAGGAAAAGGAGCGUUACUAAAAAAAACGUCCAAAGAAUUUAUUCACAGUCUGAGUCUUCUAAAGAUAGCUACAGAUAAGAAACAGAAAAAGUUUGUGACGAGCCCAAAAUGUCAAUUUAUCCUCGACGAGGUCAUCUACCAUGACUGUCCAGAAUGGCAAGAUAAAGGAAUACUGAAAAAAACGCUCUUGUUCUGCCUCCAACUAAUUUUUGUCAUCAUAACAAGUAUCGGCUACAUUUUCAUUUUAUUAUGCCCUAAAUGUACCACCUGCGUUGAGAAUCCCCGCUUGUGGAAGUUCAAAAAGCAGUUUGAGCAUCCCUACUCGAAGUUCAUCAAUCAUGUCAUGUCGUACGUGGCCUUUCUGUGCUUGAUUUAUGCCUCGUCCUUCGAGUAUGAGAUUCGAGCCGGUUGGGGAGCUUUGACAUGGAUUGACUAUGCCGUUAUUUCCUACGUCAUCGGGCUACUCUUACAGGAAGUCGUGGAAUGUUGCAACCAAGGGUGGUCGAUCUACUUUUCAAAGUGGUGGAAUGUUGUAGACACACUAAUCGUCUUUUUAUUUCUACUGUCAUACACUGUGUGGUUAGGGGCAUGGGGCUGUAAUAAAGAAUGGAACCCUGGAAAAAAUGCAUUUACCGUGGCCGAUGCUAUAUAUUCCAGCGCUUCCGUUCUUGCCUUUUUUCACCUGGCACACUUUUUCCAAGUCAGUUCAGUGCUUGGUCCCUUGCAGCUUUCCCUCUAUAGGAUGCUGAGAGAUGUCCUAAAGUUCCUUUUGAUUUUUCUUGUUCUUUACGUUGCAUUUUCCACUGGUAUGGCCAAGAUUUACUCCUACUAUGUCGCCUCUGAGAUGGAGCUUAGCAAACGGGACAACAGAACUAGUUAUCACCAACUUUCCCAUCCAUUCGCCUUGCAUGUAAACACUUUCAUUGGCUUGUUUUGGUUUUUGUUUGGUGGUGGUGGAGAAGAAAAGAGCAUCUCGGUGAGGGAUCAAGAAUUUCUCCUGGUUACCGAGUUUGGAAGGAUCUUCAUGGGAGCCUACGUGAUCUGCACAGGGAUGGUUGCCUUAAACAUGCUGGUUGCCAUGAUGAAUGACUCAUUCCGUAGAAUUAUGGAAAAUGCUCAAGAAGAAUGGAAAUUCUCAAGAACUGAAAUGUGGUUGGAGUGGAUUGACAAAAGCAACACAGUUCCAGUACCUUUCAAUAUUCUUUACGUCGUCUUACUGUGUUGUAAAAGAGCCUUAUCCAUCGUACUCAUUAAGAGUGACGUUAACCAGGAUCAACCGUGUUGUUGUUGCUGUAUGAGAAAAUGCCGUUGCCGCGAGAGUUGUUGCAAGAACUCGCCACCUUCCACAACCGAGGAACGCAUUGUGGUAAUGAAAAAUUUGGUCGUGGACUAUCUGGAGGGACGUUACUCGGACAAAUGGACAGACACAUGGCAAAAUGUAGUAGACGGGUGAGAACAAUCCAGGACUGCCUUUCUCGCUCCACCUGCCUGUUGCUGUUGUUUCUUCGCGUUUUACAAGCUUUCUGUCAAACGCUGCCAUUCUUAUAUCCUAACAAACGAUCUCUUUUGUUCUAAACGCACUGCAAUAAUGGAAAAUUGGAUCGUGAAGUAUCUGAAAGGGCCUUACUCAGACAAAUGGACAGACUUCAUGGCGAAACCAUCAAGAGGACCCAAGGUUAAGAAGAACAUUUUGAAGUCCACUCUUUUUUAGUAGAAAUCUGUCCACUAACAGAACGAGGUAUUUCAUAAGCAGCUGCCGUGUAUUAACCGCUGGCGUUCCACAACCGAAACUUAUAUAAAUAGUAAAAUCUUAUUAUAUAUAAUAUCGAAAUUUUUCUAAAUAUCAAGAAAUAGGUCACAUGAUAGAAGAUUUGAAUCACUGAGCGAUGGUUUAAUUUUUAUGAUGAUCUAGAUUAUGAACUAGCUGAAUAUAACAUUUCCAUACUUGUUUUUAUUGUUCUUCAUUCGAUUCUGAUGAUGACUUCCGCUAAGGUUGUCAAAAAAUCAGUCCGUAGUACCGACAGCAGUUCUUGUCAAGACUUUCUUCAUUCGAAGGAUCAUACGACACGAUAAAAUACCUUUUUUGUCAAAGUCGUUGUUACCUGCUUGCUGUUUACCAUCAAAUUGCUUUCUCUAGAAACAUCAGAUCCCAGCAAGCCUUUAUAAGGGUGCCUCCCAAAGCAAACUUUUAUUAGAGAUUGUUGAGAGUUCAACUUUUUAUUGACCAGCGUUUCAUAGUAAUUGAGAAUAUUUGAGUGUUGCUACAGAUCGGCGACUUUACUUGUAUUUCUUGAUUCAACCUUUAUAGUUUGAUAAACGGAGAGUGUACUGUAGUUUUGUUACGUGUUGUAUAAUUUCGACCGACAAGUAAAAUAAAGAUAAGUUGCGAAAA